AUGGAGGUAAUUGGCUACGGGCUGAGCUUGCACUUCUACGAGAAGGACCAGAUUGAUGCCAUUCGCGACUGUGUCAACCUCUACUACGAGUGGUUCCACGCGCUGUCGCCCUCGCAGGCGACCAACAAGUUCAUUCCACUGCCCAUCCAACGGGAUCCCAACCUCUACUGCCAGAAGAUCAUCGGCCACCUCUACAACAUCUUCCGGCCGCGGCGGUACACCGCGGCGGACAACCUGAGCGACCUCAGCUCGAAGCAGGCCAUCUUCUGCCACCGCAUCCUCCGCCUCAUCAUCAACAUCGCCUCCGACCGGGACAACCGCAUGAACGCCGCCACCUGGGAGUGUCUGCUGGUUUUUCUGCUCGGCAUCAACGAGGAGCUGCUCCGGUCGCAGAACCAGAGCGAAGACAUUGGCACGCAGAUUGCCGAGCGAGUCAUCAGCACGCUCUUUGAGAACUUUCAAAUUCAGCCGCUGAGCAGUAUUCUCGUCAACUCAGUGUGGUUCUUUGAGGUCGACCUUCCCGGCUCUAAGAUACUGGUGCCGCACUUUCUCAAGUCCAUAGAGAUCUUUCUCACUAAAAAGGACAAGUCAAAUGACGUUCUCAUCCGGCGAGCUUGCAUCAAAAUCCUGACCUCUUUGCUGCCGUACCCGUUGCACUUUAAGGACCUGCCGAUCAAGGACACGCUAAGUGAAACGCCCUCCAACACCUUCAUGUCGCUCUUCCCUCGCCUCGUCCUCCUCCUCAUUCACGGCCUGCACAAUGAGCCCGAUUCGGUGAACGUGCAGAUGAUUCUCGGGGCGCUACUCUUUAUCAUCGAGGACUCGGUCAAGUACGAUGACCUUUUUCUGGGCGGCGAUAGCUUCGGUGGCGAGUCUGGUGAUGGCGUCGAUCCGCUGAUGUCCAGCCUUAUGCAGUGCUUCAAAAAUGAUUAUGAAGGAAGCGACAAACCGGACACAGUUCCCUGCAACGUCUUCCUCCUCAUCAUCUCCUUUGUGGCGGAGAUUCUCUGCAAGUCCUCCAAUUCACGCAACUCCACCGACUACAACGUCUCCCUCUCGGCGCUGGAGGUCCUCUCCGCCCUCGGCCGGACCCACUACCGCCGGCAGCUGCUGUGCGACGGCCGCUGUCUGCCCUGCAUCAAGCAGAUCUUCACCUUCAUCGAAAAUCAGUGCUACAAGCCGGCAAUGUUCCACUCGAAAGACAUGCACUCCACCAUAGUGGCCGCCUACCAGUGCCUGUCGGUGUGGAUUCACGAGCACUGUCACCUGCUGCGUGACCGCGAGUGCAUAGUACUUCUCUUUGAGCUGAUUGAGCUGGGCAUCUCGGGGACCAAGUCGAAGACAACAGCAGCGGCCGGUGGGGCGGCGACCACCACCUUCAAGUCAGAGAAGCAGGCGAAGCCCACGUCGAUGCGCGUCAAAGAGGCGGCUGAGUUUCUGCUCAGCACGCUGAUGGGCCGCAUCAAUCUGGGCGGUAGCGGCGGUUGCAGCAGUGCCACCUUUGACCCGUCCACCUCAGCCAUUCUCUCGUGUGACCUGAGCGAGCCGAAGAUCAUCGAGAGCAUGCUCAACCUGCGUCCGUCGCAGUUUCCCAGCAAUCACUUUCGCUACUUCAUCGCCGACAACUCGCUGCUCAUCUCCAUUCUCGAGCGGCCGCUGCUGAACGAGGAGACGCUGGUCAUCAUUCGCUCACCCUACGGCAAGUACUGCUGGCUGCUCAAGUACCAGCACCUCUCCGGCCGGCAGCAGUUGAACUGCUCGCAAAGCGGUGGCGAUUCAACCUCGUACCGUAGUCUGCCCAAACUGGUGGAUCAGCAGCCGAAUCAAAAGGGGAGCGCCCCUUGCAGCUACUUUCCAGAGUUCUUUGAUAAGAUUUGCACUUCGAAAUUCGACAACACCGUCCUGAAGCUCUCCGAGUACAUCAGCGAGCAGGCGGAGAUUAAGCAAGAGCACGACGUGAUGCAGAACCUGAUUGACAAGAUUGAAAGCAAUCUGAAGUUUGAAAAGUCCAAGCUGACGCUGAACACAAACAAGAACAAGGAGUUCAGCGAGCCGCCGCCGGCAAAAUCCUUUGAAGCCUCUCGGUUGAUUCUCUCGCAGUUCAAGGCUUUCAACUUUGACGUGGUAGACGACGGCCGGCAGACGUUGAUGGCGCUGAAUGAAAACUCGAAGGAGUUUAUCGACUACCUGGAGAAGCUGGACAUGAUCUCUACGAAGAACAAUGACAUCGUUGUGGUGCUACACAUUCCAAAGGGCUUCGCCGAUGAGGCGGACAUCUUUCAGGCCAACUUGAAGCAGUUUAGCCGAACGACAGCCAGCUCGCCCUUCAAGGAGUUUAUGUGUUCACUGGGGAACGUCAUUGACUGCAAUACCAACACGGCAAUAGCCAAUCUCCUCUACUGGAACGACAUAUCCCACGAGCUGCUCUUUAUCAACCCCACCAAUGGCAACUCUAAGCAGCAACCAUUGACACUAACUGACCUGGUCAGGGAGGACAAUGAAAGCCUGCGAAGAGUGCUGCUGCAGGCGAACCAGAGUGACAACUGCGCCAACCACCGCACCAAGUCCUAUCUGAUGAACAAUGUCGGCUGCGACAUUAAGCUGAUGGUGCUCUGGCUGGAGAGCAUGGAGGACUUUGAUCGUCUACCAUUCCAUCAACUAGCAUCGGAGAGCGAGUCGGCUCGAGAGCAACUGUACUUUAUCGUCAUUAAUCCACUUCGAAAUGGACUCUUUAAGGUGGUGCCGCACUCCUUUGGUGGAAAAAGCACCUCCAUCUCGCCGACCAUUGAGCGAAUGCUGCUCAGCAAGCACCUGCUGGCCACCUACGUUCGCCUAACUGCCCUAAACCUCUUUCGACGACGUCGAAUGAACACCGAGAGCUUCCAAUUGCCUCACGUAAAGCGCCGAAUCAAAAUAGCGGAAAUUACCAGCCGAUUCAAGAUGCCCUACUCCAACAAGCAGCUCAUCAGCGACCUCUUUGCCACCAACAAGUUCAGCUUGUAA